AGCGGGAGCCUAGCGGCCGAGGCCCCAGAACAAAGGAGGCUGAGCGGCGGCGCGCGCGCGGCCCGGCCCGCGGCUGGAGCGCGCCCCCUCCCCGCGCCCCCUCGGCGGAGCGGGCCGCCCUCCCCCAUCUGGCCGGCCGGCGCGGACUGCCCCGGGCGCGCACCCACUCCGGGCCACUUCCGUGCCAGGGCCGCCCGGGAGCCCCGCCGAGUGAAGCUUUCAGCAAACUUUGCAUUGAAAGCUCUGCUCCCUUGGGCAGCACUGCCUUCACAGUCAUCCUGACCCCAGAGGAGAAGUAACCAGGAACCCCUCACUCUGCCCUGCUCCCACCACACUGUACCUUUCUGCUCACCUCAUGCCUGGGUCCAGGGUGGGUGAGGGUGAAGAACCCACCCAGCCAAGAUGAUCCUUUCCCUGGGGACUUCGGUUGUUCUCCUCCACAUCCUGGGCCCCUGCAGGUGGGAGAGUGACCCACUGAGCCCUGUCAGAUUGCUGCAGAGGAGGUGAAGAGGGGUUGAGAAGAAGCGCCCAUAUCGGAGACUGAGGCUCCUUGCUUUCACCCUGGUAGACUAGUGAUUGUGUUAGAAGGACUUGUUGGUGGCCUUGCUAGGCAGGCAGACAGCUGGAGUGUGGCUCAGCCCCUGCACCUAUGCCCUCAACCCUGCCAGCAUCAUGAGCCAAUUUCAGGUGCCCCUGGCAGUUCAGCCAGACCUGCCAGGUCUUUAUGAAUUCCCUCAGGGCCAGGUGCUGGUAGGGGGCUUCCAGGGAACUGGGCUCCCAGUGACUGGAAGUGAACCCCAACUCCGAGGGGGUGGAGAUGGGCGCAAGAAACGGAAACGGUGCGGUAGUUGUGAGCCCUGCCGCCGACUAGAGAACUGUGGGGCUUGCACCAGCUGUACCAACCGAAGAACACACCAGAUCUGCAAACUGCGCAAGUGUGAGGUGCUCAAGAAAAAAGUGGGGCUUCUCAAGGAGAUAAAGGCUGGUGAAGGAGCCGGGCCUUGGGGACAAGGGGCUGCCGCUGUCAAGGCAGGCUCAGAGCUCAGCCCAGUUGAUGGACCUGUUCCAGGUCAGAUGGACUCAGGGCCAGUGUACCAUGGGAACUCACGGCAGCUAAGCGCCUCAGGGGCGCCCGUCAAUGGUGCUAGAGAACCUACUGGACCCAGCCUGCUGGGGGCUGGGGGUCCUUGGAGAGUAGACCAGAAGCCUGAAUGGGACGUUCCCCCCGGCCCAGCACACACUGCUAGACUGGAAGAUGCCCACGAUCUGGUGGCCUUUUCGGCUGUGGCCGAAGCUGUAUCCUCUUAUGGGGCCCUCAGCACCCGGCUCUAUGAAACUUUCAACCGUGAGAUGAGUCGUGAGACUGGGAAUAGCAAUAGGGGACCCAGACCAGGGCCGGAGGGCUGCUCUGCAGGCAGCGAAGACCUUGACACCUUGCAGACGGCUCUGGCUCUUGCACGCCAUGGCAUGAAACCACCCAAUUGCAACUGCGAUGGCCCGGAAUGCCCUGACUACCUCGAGUGGCUGGAGGGGAAGAUCAAGUCUGUGGUUGUGGAGGGAGGGCAGGAACGGCCCAGACUCCCAGCUACUCUGCCUCCCGGUGAGGCUGGCCACCCGGCACCAAGCCCCAGGCCUCUCCUCAACUCCGAGGUCCCCCAGAUCCCUCCUUCGGAGGGCCUGCCCCUGUCCCAGAGUGCUCUGAGUAUCGCCAAGGAAAAAAACAUCAGCUUACAGACCGCCAUCGCCAUCGAGGCCCUCACGCAGCUCUCCUCUGCCCUUCCCCAGCCUUCUCAUUCCACCUCCCAGGCUUCCUGCCCCCUUCCUGAGGCCUUGUCUCCUUCUGCCUCUUUCAGAUCUCCCCAGUCCUACCUCCGGGCCCCCUCGUGGCCUGUGGGCCCCCCUGAAGAGCACCCAUCCUUUGCUCCUGAGAGCCCUGCCUUCCCUCCAGCAACUCCUAGAACCGAGUUUCCUGAAGCCUGGGGCACUGACACCCCACCAGCAACUCCCCGAAGCUCUUGGUCCAUGCCCCGCCCGAGCCCUGACCCCAUGGCUGAACUGGAGCAGUUACUGGGCAGUGCCAGUGAUUAUAUCCAGUCAGUGUUCAAGCGACCCGAGGCUCUUCCCACCAAGCCCAAAGUCAAGGUUGAGGCCCCAUCUUCUUCUCCAGCCCCAUCUCCAUCUCCCAUUCUUCAGAGAGAGGCUCCUACACCAUCUCCAGAGCCCAGCACCCACCAAAAGGCCCAAACGGCCCUGCAGCAGCACCUCCACCAUAAGCGAAGUCUCUUCCUGGAACAGGCUCAUGACACCUCCUUUCCUGCCCCCUCGGAACCAUCUGUACCUGGCUGGUGGGCGCCAUCCAGCUCACCUGCCCCCCGGCCUACUCCAGACAGACCACCCAAGGAGAAAAAGAAGAAGCCCCCAGCACCAUCUGGAGGUCCCACGGGAACAGAGAAAGCUGCCCCUGGGAUCAAGCCCGGCAUCCGGAAGCCCAUUCAGAUCAAGAAGUCCAGGCCACGGGAAGCACAGCCCCUCUUCCUGCCUCUGCGGCAGAUUGUCCUGGAAGGGCUGAGGCCUCCGGCUCCCUCUGAGGAUGCGCAGGCACACCCACCUGUCCCCCUCCCUGCCUCGCAGGGCCUUGAUGUCCCCAUGCCCCCAGAACCUUCUCUUGCGCUAUUUGCACCUAGUCCCUCCGGGGACAGCCUGUUGCCCCCUACUCAGGAAAUGAGGUCCCCCAGCCCCAUGGCAGCCCUGCAGCCAGGCUCCACCGGCCCCCUUCCCCCGGCCGAUGACAAGCUGGAAGAGCUCAUCCGGCAGUUUGAGGCUGAAUUUGGGGAUAGUUUUGGGCUUCCUGGCCCCCCAUCUCUGCCCAUUCAGGACCCUGAGAAUCAGCCAGCAUGUCUCCCACCUCCUGAGAGCCCUUUUGCUACCCGAUCCCCCAAGCAAAUCAAAAUUGAGUCUUCAGGGGCUGUGACUGUGGUCUCAACCACCUGCUUCCAUUCAGAGGAGGGAGGCCAGGAGGCCACACCCACCAAGGCCGAGAACCCACUCACACCCACCCUCAGUGGUUUCCUGGAGUCACCUCUUAAGUACCUGGACACACCUACCAAAAGCCUGCUGGACACGCCUGCCAAGAGAGCUCAGGCUGAGUUUCCCACCUGUGACUGUGUUGAACAAAUAGUGGAGAAAGAUGAAGGUCCAUAUUAUACUCACCUGGGAUCUGGCCCCACGGUGGCCUCUAUCCGGGAACUCAUGGAGGAGCGGUAUGGAGAAAAGGGGAAAGCCAUCAGGAUCGAGAAGGUCAUCUACACAGGGAAGGAGGGAAAGAGCUCCCGAGGCUGCCCCAUUGCAAAGUGGGUGAUCCGCAGGCACACACUGGAAGAGAAGCUGCUUUGCCUGGUGAGGCACCGAGCGGGCCACCACUGCCAGAAUGCCGUGAUUGUCAUCCUCAUCCUGGCUUGGGAGGGUAUCCCCCGCAGCCUCGGAGACACACUCUACCAGGAGCUCACUGAUACCCUCCGGAAGUAUGGGAAUCCCACCAGCCGGAGAUGUGGCCUCAAUGAUGACCGGACAUGCGCUUGCCAAGGCAAAGACCCCAACACCUGCGGUGCCUCCUUCUCCUUUGGUUGUUCCUGGAGCAUGUACUUCAACGGCUGCAAAUAUGCCCGGAGCAAGACACCUCGCAAGUUCCGCCUUGCAGGGGACAACCCCAAAGAGGAAGAAGUGCUCCGGAAGAGUUUCCAGGACCUGGCCACCGAAGUGGCUCCCCUAUACAAGCGGCUAGCCCCCCAGGCCUACCAGAACCAGGUGACUAAUGAGGAAAUAGCAAUUGACUGCCGCCUGGGGCUGAAGGAAGGGCGGCCUUUCUCGGGGGUCACGGCCUGCAUGGACUUCUGUGCCCACGCCCACAAGGACCAGCAUAACCUCUACAAUGGGUGCACAGUGGUCUGUACCCUGACCAAGGAAGACAAUCGCUGUGUGGGUAAGAUUCCUGAGGACGAGCAGCUGCACGUGCUGCCCCUGUACAAGAUGGCCAGCACAGAUGAGUUUGGUAGUGAGGAGAACCAGAAUGCCAAGGUGGGCAGUGGGGCCAUCCAGGUGCUCACAGCCUUCCCCCGAGAGGUCCGGCGCCUGCCUGAACCUGCCAAGUCCUGCCGCCAGCGGCAGCUGGAAGCCAGGAAGGCUGCCGCUGAGAAGAAGAAGAUUCAGAAGGAGAAGCUGAGCACUCCUGAAAAGAUCAAGCAGGAGGCCCUGGAGCUGGCCAGUGUCCCCACUGACCCAGGCUUGGCUCUGAAGGGUGGACUAUCCCAGCAAAAUCUGAAGCCCUCUCUCAAGGUGGAGCCACAAAACCACUUCAGCUCCUUCAAGUACAGUGGCAACGCAGUGGUGGAGAGCUACUCGGUGCUGGGUAACUGCCGGCCCUCCGACCCCUACAGCAUGAAUAGCGUGUACUCCUACCACUCCUACUAUGCACAGCCCAGCCUGAGCUCCGUCAACGGCUUCCACUCCAAGUACGCUCUUCCGUCAUUUGGCUACUACAGCUUUCCAUCCAGCAACCCCGUCUUCCCCUCUCAGUUCCUAGGUCCUGGGACCUGGGGGCACAGUGGCAACAGUGGCAGUUUUGAGAAGAAGCCAGACCUCCACGCUCUACACAGCAGCCUGAGCCCGGCCUACGGUGGUGCUGAGUUUGCCGAGCUCCCUGGCCAGGCUGUUCCCACAGACACCCACCACUCCACUCCUCACCACCAGCAGCCUGCUUAUCCAGGCCCCAAGGAGUAUCUGCUUCCCAAGGCCCCCCAGAUCCACCCAGCAACCAGGGACCCCUCUCCCUUUGCACAGAGCUCCAACUGCUACAACAGAUCCAUCAAGCAAGAGCCAGUAGAUCCACUGGUUCAGGCUGAAUCUAUACCCAGAGACCCUGGUAAGGUAGGCAAAACAACUUUGCCUGAGGCAUCUCAGAAUGGAGGCCCCAAUCACCUAUGGGGACAGUACUCAGGAGGCCCAACCAUGUCCCCUAAGAGGACUAACAGUGUGGGUGGCAGCUGGGGAGUGUUCCCUCCUGGGGAGAGCUCUGCCAUGGUCUCUGACAAGCUUGGUUCUUUUGGGGCCAACUGUUUGACCCCUUCCCAUUUCCCAGAUGGCCAGUGGGGGUUGUUCCCUGGUGAGGGGCAGCAGCCAGCCCCCCAGCCUGGAGGACGGCUUCGAAGCAAACCAUGGAGCCCCUGCAAGUUUGGGAAUAACACCUCGGCCUUGGCUGGGCCUGGCCUGACUGAGAAGCCAUGGGGGGUUGGGGCAGGAGAAUUCAACUCCGCACUGAAAGGUGGUCCUGGGUUCCAAGAUAAGCUGUGGGGCCCCCUGAAAGGAGAGGAGGGACGGAUCCCAACCCCGGGUGCGAGCCCACUGGACAAAGCCUGGCAGUCCUACGGCAUGCCCCUGGGCUCCAGUGAGAAGCUGUUUGGGGGCCUGAAGUCUGAGGAGAAGCUGUGGGAUCCCUUCAGCCUGGAGGAGGGGACAGCUGAGGAGCCCCCCAACAAAGGGGCAGUGAAGGAGGAGAAAGGGGGUGGUGCAGAGGAAGAGGAAGAAGAGCUGUGGUCUGACAGUGAGCAUAACUUCCUGGAUGAGAACAUCGGCGGAGUGGCCGUGGCCCCUGCUCACGGCUCCAUCCUUAUCGAGUGUGCCCGGAGGGAGCUGCACGCCACCACACCCCUCAAAAAACCCAACCGCUGCCACCCUACCCGUAUCUCGCUGGUCUUCUACCAGCACAAGAACCUCAACCAGCCCAACCAUGGGCUGGCCCUCUGGGAGGCCAAGAUGAAGCAGUUGGCGGAGAGGGCACGGGCACGGCAGGAGGAGGCCGCCCGGCUGGGCCUGGGCCAGCAGGAGGCCAAGCUCUAUGGGAAGAAGCGCAAGUGGGGUGGCGCUGUGGUCCCAGAGCCCCAGCAUAAGGAGAAGAAGGGGAUUGUCCCCACCCGGCAGGCACUGGCUGUGCCCACAGACUCAGCGGUCACCGUGUCCUCCUACGCCUACACGAAGGUCACCGGGCCCUACAGCCGCUGGAUCUAGGUGCCAGGGAGCCAGCGUACCUCAGCGUCGGGCCCAGCCCGAGCUGCCUCUGUGGUGCUUUUGCCCUCACCUGGGGGCGGGUUGGGGGUGCAGAAGUCUUUAUCUAUAUAUACAUAUAUAGAUACGCAUAUAUAUGUAUUUAUGGUCCAAACCUCAGAACUGACCCGCCCCUCCCUUACCCAGCUCCCCAACUCCCCAGCACUUUGAAGAAGAAACUACGGCUGUCGGGUGAUUUUUUUUUUCCUUGAUCUUAAUAUUUAUAUCUCACAUUGGUUUUCUUCGCGCCGUCCCCCUCCCCAUUUGGGGGUGGGGAGAAAUUUUAUUUUCUCUUGUUUUUAAAACUCUAUCCUUGUAUAUCACAGUAAUGGAAAGAAAAAAGUUUAUAGUGUCCUUUCACAAAGGAGUAGUUUUAAAUUCCAUUUAAAAUGUGUAUUUAUUGGGGUUUUGUUUUUGUUUUAAAAGCGACAAUAUUAAUGGCAAUGGAUCAGCAGGAAAGGCCAGACUCCGCUCGUUCCUGCCCGUCACGAUGGGCCCGGCCCCCUGGCCCUCUUGGUAGCUGACGAGGCUCUCCGCCGCUGUCUUAUCCCUUAUGAGCCUAGUGCAGAUUGUAAUCACCCAGGCCAUCCCCUCCUGACACACCCAGCUCCCCUCUGGGAGGAGGGGAGCUUCUGUCAGGACAGCUUCUGUCCUCUCCAGGAGGAUGGGAGAAUCUGUAGAACAUUAUCUGGGGUUGCUUUCCAGUCAGUCGCCGGCUUGGAGUCGGGGGGUGGGGGGGGCAGGUGCGUCCCAGGCCAGAAACCUGAGACGCUAGCAGAUUUCCCCCAGAAACAAAGUUGGUUGAAAGUAGACAGCUUCAAGCUUGCUAGUCUCCACACUGAAUCCUCUCUGUCCGUUAUUUAUCAAGUCAUAGAUCAUGGUUCAUUAGGCAGCACACCUCAUGAUGGAGCUGGAAUUGAGAGGCUCUUAGGAGCCAUUUUACCAAGCUGACAAGCCAGUGAAUCCUGGGCUGAAGGAAUUUUGCCUUUGUGGUAAAAAUAAUAAUAAUAAGUAAUGCCCAGUCUAUGCUGAUAUUGGAAAAGGGCUACUGUAUCCUUAAAAACAAGAAGUUGAAUCCAAGCUGUGAAAAGCCAGCCAGCCUUGCUGUACGUAUGCAGUGCUGUGCAGAGCCUGGUGCUGUAGUAAGUAUUGUGCUAGGACUUCCUUAACUCUUGGGCAGGUCACAGCCUAUGGGAGCCCAGCACACCAGUGUAACAGCAGUUAACACAUCUCUCCUUAUUCCUGGAUUUCCACAUCGAACAAUGGUGCAUGCCUCACAUCCUUGCCCACCCCCCCCCCUCCACGAUAUCAUUUGGGGGACGGGCUGACACUUAAUUUUAAAAUGCAAGAGUCAAAACGUUUUCAGCCGGUAGCUAGAAUUUCCCUCCAAAAUUGGUGCCAUUUCUCUAACCAUCUUCUUUUCCUUCCUGCCCUCUUUAUCCACUUCUAACACACCUGUUCUGAAUUCUGGUGCAUUUGUUCAGUUCCUUGAAAUGAGAAUGUGGUGCUUUAAUUUUUGCAUUGUUGAGCAAGGUUGGGCCUGACAAGUGGAAGCUACAUGCAGUCAACGGCAAAGUCAGACUUCUUGGAGUAUUUGUUUUUCCCCAUGGGUUUAGCAGCAAGUAGAUCAAGCUAACCAUGUGGAUGUGUAGUGAAUGGGAGGCUUCAUCGGGACACACAGGGGAAUGAGGCCACGCAGUAAAUACCAACCAAGCCCUGAGGUGAACAUCAGCUGUUGAGCGGUUUCAUUCAGAUGUGGGGCUUCAUAAGAUGAGUUUAACAAUCAGAUGAUGAUGAUGCUAAAGGCAAGUUCCUGAGCUUCCAGGUGCCUUGUGUAAGAGCUGAGAACCGAUCCGCUGGGUGUUUACUGUAAUUGUUCCAGGCGCACUGGCGGUGAGUCCCUGUAAGAUGUCCUGAGCAUUUAUGUGGUCUGGUUUUAACUGUAAAUAGUGAAAGAUUUUUUUAAGCACUUUUGCCUAGAUUUAAACAGCAACUUGAAAUAAAGUAUGUUUUAACAUGUAAUUGUGGGAGAAAUUGUAAAUAGUAGCCGAAUAUUAAACGUGCUUUGUCUAUCCUUCACUUUUACCAUAUUCUGUAAAGUUGCAUUUAUUUUACAGGACAAAAAAAAAAAAAAAAAAAGAAAUAUUAUUGCUUUUGAAAUAAAUACCCAAGAGCUUAUCAGGAUUUAGAAUUAUUCAGAACUCCGAUUUAUAGGAAAAAAGAAAAAGAAAAAAAACUCUGACCUUCAGUUUGACAAGCUAAAAGGAGCAGAGUCUUUAAUGAGCAUGCUAAUUUUCUAGUUUUGAGGAAAAGUUGGGUCCUUUAAAUGCUAUUUUGCUUAUCGCAUCAGUACUUUUAUGCAGGUCUCAUUUGACUCCGUGCUUAGGUAGAUGCGGGGGUGCCUUGAAAACUUCAUUUUAAAUGAUCUUAAGCAAGAAAUACAAUAUUUUACGAAACAUUUGGAGAAUGUGACCGUCUGUAUGACCUGUGAAAGCCCCAGGUUGGCUGUUGGUUUGGAAGGUCCUGAGUGUAACCCAGGUGAUUCUAAUACUUGGCAUGUGUGAAUCUUACUGAUGUAUGUCAAUAUGCUCUUCCCCUUGUCACCCUUUGGUAGCAAAGCCAUUAGAUGAAAGGAGAAACCAAUACAAGCUAAAAGCAUGUGAUGUCUGUUGUUACCCCUGUCCCCACUCCCACCCCACCCCCAGCCUAAACGGCCUUUGAUUCAUAAAUUUCUAGAUGAGCAAUCAGGCUGCUGAGUGAGUCAAGAAGCAGUCUCCAUUGGACGUUCCCAUUCCCCUCAGAAUGGUGUUUCAGAAAUCAGGUGGUGCUGUUGUCAUGCUCAAGCCCACGCUUAUUUUUACACACUACAUGUAUAACCUACCUCAAAUCUCAGUCAUUAAAAUUAGCAUGCUUUAGACAUAUAUUUUAAAAAGUAACUAUGCACAGCUCUUUAUCCUCCCCCCUUGCUGCUGAAGGUUUCUUAAAAGAGAAAAAUAAUCAAACUUAUUUUUUACUGGCACUAUCAUUUUUAAGUCCUAAAGAUGAUUAACAGACAUUUUUUUUUAUCAUGAGAAGAAAGAUAAAGCCAUUGCAACUAAAGAACCUAACAGCAUGACCAAGUUUUAAGAGUAAUAUUAUAGCAAAAGAAAAUGGAGUCUUGUAGUCAUCUCCCCAGUGUGCCCUCUUCACAGACACCAUCCACAUGCAGUACAGACCUUUGGUUCCUCUUUUGUCGUUUCGUUUUGAUAAGUUCUCCCUGUCUGUUGCAUGCAAAGGAAGUGCUUGCAAAGUUCUGUGCUAAGAGAUUAAUUUUAAAACUCGAAAAAUUGCUUCAACGGCAGGUUCUCACAAAAUAACUGGUGCUAGCUCAAGAAACCAUCAUCUAACUGUCAGAAAUCUUGACUAAAGGUGUCUCGUGGAUUUUGAGGUUUUGUGUUGUUUGGUUUGCUUUCUUAGCAGGGCCUCUACUUUCCCAUACUUUGGCUUCCCAGGUCCUUACGGCUUUGCCUUCUCACUGAGAUGACAGUGGUUAGCAUAGAGAGAGAUUAUUCCCUGCCCCUCUUGGUCCUCCCACCAGCCUUUUUGGAAACUGUAGUUGCCAGAGCAAGGAAUUUUUAAAGUGCUAAUGCAAGGGAAGAAGUAGCCGAACUUAAUUGCUCCGUGCGUAACAGCAGUAGAUGCGUGAGGAUGGUUGACAGAUGAGUAGAUGGUAACCUGAUUUCACAGAGCGAAAUUUCAGCCAGACUUUGUGAAGCUUAACCACCACCAGAUCUCACACUCACUAAGGCAGGGCUGGUGGAAAAUGAUAUCCCUGACGUGCCUCAACCAAUAGUUCUCUUCUUUUGUUACUGAAGUGUUUUAUGGACUAGGAAGCAUUUUUAUGAAUUGAAACAGUCUAAAUAAAAUGGUGCUAUGGUGUUUUAAUGUGACUGUCCUGAACCUGUCUUGCCGAGGUGCUAUCAACGUUCUGAAACCACAACCGACCAAAAAUAAGGUGGGCUCCAGUCUCUCUUUGGCUUCCCCUCCCCUUUUUGGUGCUGUCUCCUUAGGCCUCUGUUUAUUGUGCUAUUACAUGCUCCAAGCAGUUUUUGUUUUAUUGUUCUUGGUGGUGGCCAAAUGAAGAAAGGCAAGUCAUGAAGGCAGCCAGCUUCCUGUGUAAAUGGGAUCAGGCCAGCCAGGCUUGGCAGGUGCUUUGGUUUCACACUUGUUCUCUCAGGCCUAAUGAAGAAUGGGCCAGGACUUUUUUUUUUUUUUUUUUUUUUUUUUUUAAGGAAAGGAAGUCGGGUAUUCCUGCCUCUUCUAACAUGGCAGACCUUCUCAUAGCCAAGGAUACAUUUUCCUCCUGCAACCCAUGGUGCAAGUAGAUGUCUCUAACGUCCCAAAGGUGCUCUGUCCACCAAGGUGGACCAGGUGGUUCUCCUUCCUCAGCUGGCACUAGCCAGACCAUGGAGAGCAGGAGGCUCAUUCCUUUGUUUCUUCCAGCCUUUGCCUCAUGUCACUUCCGCCUCUCGUUGGUCACCCCUCACGUUCAGACUAAAGAACGGAGCUUACUUUGCUCACUUGGUGCCACUGAGGCUGCUUUUUAGUUGGUGCUAUAAAUUUCUUGGGUCCACAAAAGCUGAUUUAAAAAAAGAACUCAACAGGAAGCUCCAUUUUGUGUCAUCCGCUGUCACAGUAAUUUUUUUAAAUACCUCAAAAACAGGACAUCACGAUAACUUCACUAGAUUUCCGUGAGUGUAAGAUACCUGCAGGUUGUCUGUCUGAUAAUGUACUUGACCUUGAAGAACCUGGGGUCACUGUUAAUUUUUCACUCUUCAGCAGUUAAAAGGGCAGAAUGCCUAAAGGAAGGAGCAUGGUUGACUUUAUUUUCAUGUUCAAGUUUUGCUUUUGAGUAAAAUGUGAAUUUCCUCUGCCCAUCUCAUCAAGCUUUUUCAGUCAUUGUUGCCAUCAUUUGAAAUGACUCCCUCAAAACCUAGUUUUACUAGCUAGCUGCAUCUGCUGUAGUAGGUGGCCAACUUCAACAAACCCUGGACCAAAAAUGAACAUUUUUUUUGAGGUGCAGACCCCCAGCAUAGGUUAUACAGUCCCACACCUACACAUGUGGAGUUUUUCCAUAUGUGAGGCCCCAUCUUGGCGCUCCCAGUCUUUCCUCCCACAGAGCUGCCCAAGAGCAAAGCAAUAGGCUCCUUCCCUGAGCAGAGACUGCAGCACAGAAAUGCAAGGUCUAAAGAUGCUUUUUGCCUAAGAAUCAGUGAGUGAUUUGGCCUACUUCGUUUGCUUCUAUUCUGAUAUCAGGGAUGCUUUUUGUAGUGGUAUCACUUGUUCUCUUAUUUUUACUGCCUGUCAUUCAGGGAUAACUCAUCACAUGGGGAUUAAAAAGAUACAUAAAAUCUGGCUUAUUUGAACAUUCAAAAUUGCUUUGUUCCAGUACUUUUGUUUUAAAUGUUCCUUUUGAGGGGAAAAAGGAGGAGAAAAACAGGAGUGAUUUGUCAUUUCUUUUCUCAUAUAUUCUAAUUCAAAGAAACAAGGACAGGUCGUAUUGUGGCAUAUUAACGCAUUAGACUUAACCCUGUAGCUUUUUUGAUGUUUUAUUUCUUCUUUGGAUUCCUGUUUGGUUACUUGGCUUCCAAUGGAGGUGAACUUAACAACCAUACUUGAAUAUUCCGUCUUGACUUUGUAACUGUGGCUACUUGAAAUGAAGUUUAUCUGGGGUUGAUGGAUGAAUGGUAGAUUUUUUGCAAUGUCUCAAGGCAAUAGGAUGUGUAUUAUUAAACUGUAGAUAUUCUUAGUACAGUAAAUUUAUGCUGAUAAUUUUAUUUUGUAUAAUUUUUACCUUUUGUUAAUAUUUCUUUCUUCCCACUUUAUUGAUUUGUCUCCUGAGCUACCCCUCCUUACCCUUCCUUCUCCCCCAGUGUUUCAGUAAAUUUAAUUUAGGGUGCCUAGAAAUUGCAAGUAUGUAUUCUUUUUUGAUUUGUAUUUUAUUAUAAUUUACACAAACAAUUGGGUUUGUGGACUGUAUUACUCCUGGUAUCUUUAAAAUAUUGUGGGUGUUUUAAUAAAUUUUAUAUUUAUUUUUUGCACUCAAA